CGUCGUCACCAACACCACCCAGUGACCUACUCGCAUUUUGUCAUCCACACUUAAUCUAAUCACAAGGCUUGGCUUCUCCGAAACCGCAAGCCUUCUCUCGAUCAGUAGUGGCUUCUUGGACGCUGCCGACCAUGUCUAAGCAGUCUGAUCCCCCAGCCAAGGAGCCAAGUCACAAGUCAAUCCCAUACGAGAUUCGCGAUACUCGUCUUCAGCCGUCUCCAAGACACGGAUUGAUCCAUGUACCAAGCUCGUAUUCAGAUAGCAAAUCAGUUCCAUUGAUCAUCGCGCUCCAUGGGAAAGGUCAACCGCCAAAAGAGUUCGAGUAUCACACCCAGCUCUCAAAUGAAGAGACCAACCAAGACGCAAUAGUGGUCUACCCAGAAGGCAUAAAGCUUCAAUGGACGGGCGACCCAGAAGCACCACCACGAAGCAAGAUUGAUGACAUCUCCUUCAUCAAUAUCCUCAUCGAGCAUGUAUCCAAGACGCAUGCCAUUGACUCAACACAAGUCUAUGUCAUUGGUUUCUCGAACGGUGGUGGCUUAUCUGGACUGCUAGCUGGCGAUCCAUCCGCUUCAGCCAAGAUUGCGGCGUUUGCAGUAUCUUCCGGCGCAUUUUAUAUGGACGAGGCACUGAAAGAGCCCUUGUUCAGUAAUCCUAAACCGGCAAGAAUUCCUGUACCGUUCCUCGAAAUGCACGGCGACUCUGAUCCUGUCGAACAUUAUGAUGGCAAGGAUACGCCUGACGGUCCAAGCUAUAACGUUCGCGAGUACAUUGAGCGUUGGGCAAAGCUGAACAAUUGCAGUGAUGAGCCGCAAGUGGAGCACCUGUUCGAUGGCAAAGUCGAAAAGCUAUCGUGGAGCUCAGACAAGAUGGAGAAUGUCGUCCAACACUAUAAGAUCCAAGGCUUCGGCCAUGGCUGGCCGACAACUUACCCGCUGAACAAUGACGAGCAGAGACAUGGUCCGACAUAUUUCAAUGCAACGCCGAUAGUGUUGGAUUUCCUGAAGAGGUUUCGACAACACGACCGAUCUUGAAAGCAACAUCGAGCUCGGCAAUGUUUAUAAAUCAUCGCUGAUAGACAUCUCACUGACAAUGCCAUUCGCAGCCCGUUUCAGGGAUCUGUCGCCUUUGCACCUGAAAAGGUGCUUGUGUCACUGUGAUGGGAAUGAAGAGCGGACAAAGGCAGUCUCUCCUUCAAGACGCUGUGAUGGCCCUAACAGGGUGCGGCGGGAUGAAUUCAAGAUCAAUCUACCGCAGACAU